AUGUAUUUGCCGAAUACCACCUGGACGUGGUCCUUUGCGAUCGUCACACUCAUUCAAACCAUCGUGACACUGGGCCUCGAAUCUUACAUCUUCGCGAAUUUCCAGAUUCAAGAACUCCCCAACGAUAGUCCCGCCUCCAAAACAAUUCCCACGUUCCUUGCCCUCUAUGGCUUCGGUUUCCUCUACGAGCUGGUGCUGGUAUACGACGCGCUUCGAAUGAAGAACACCAUUCAAGUUAUUGGACUGUGUAUUUGCAAUAUCGGUCUUCUGAUCUAUGGCGCAGUCCAGGUGAAGCAGAUCCGAGAGGCAGUGACGACCUUGUACUAUAUGAACAAGAUCAAGCUGUACGUCUGGGACCAGUCUGAGCCGUUCCUGAUUAUCAUUCCGUGUAUUGUGGGGCUGGGGACACUCUUGAUGACAUUCGUUGCGUGGAAACUUUACGAUGAAUUCGCCUGGACAAUCUACAAGCAUAUCAGCGCGGAUCUGCAGAUGAAGCGUCGUUAUCUCACUUACCAGAUCUACAUCGCACUGCUGAAGUUCGAUUUCUUCUUCUUCCUGGGCUUCACCGUCCAGUUCCUGGUGUUGGUCUCGGCUGGAGGAACUGCCGAGUUCGCGCUCACAGUGACUGCCAUUCCGGUGACCAUUAUCAUUCUUCUAUGCGGUGCCUGGUUCGUCCGUCGCGAAACCACCGCGGGAAUGAUUGCUAUCAUUCUUCUUUUCUUCGCUGCCAUGGCAUACUUCUGCUUCAAGCUGUAUCGCAUGUACGACCCCGAAACGAUGCCCCUUUAUCUCCCCGCUCUCAACCCGAUGACCUUCUUCGCCGUCAUUACCCUUGUUCUGAUCACGGUGACCAUCAUCAACGCCUGCCUGUGCGUGCACAAUUUCCACCGCGGCUUGAAGCCACAUAUCAACAAGAAGCGGAACAAGGACGAAGAAAAGAACACCGAGCUUAAUUCCAACCUCACCCAAGUACCAUCACGGAUGAUGAUCGACUGA